GUUGAAACAAUAGAGUCGUCGAUUUCUAGAGAGGAUGUGGAAGAGAGGAGAACAACAGAGGGAUCUCCUUUUCCGGCUGACCCAUCGGAGGAUGGAGGCGUUGGGGAUACCUCUCCUGCUUUCCCAGGACUUUAGCUGCUGGAAGAAAAAGAGGAUGCCAGGAAGAUCAUUCCAGACAAGUGAGAAUCCAAACCAGCAUUAAAAAAGAAAGAAAAUGAAGCCAGCUUUGAAAGUCUUUUCUGCCUCCUCCAGAAAAAUGAAAAAAACCUUCGUUCACAGGAAGGUGUCAGACAAAAGAGAGAAUAACAGGAACAAAAUUUUGAGCUAGAAAAAAAUGAGUAUAUGGAACUCAGGGAAGCAUUGCAGAGAAAGGUCAAAGGGAUAAUUUGCAAAUUCAGAAAAAUGGAAAUAAUCUGGAAAUCAGUAGGGAGGAAGGGGUCACUUGUAUAAUUACACUGGACAGGCUGUCAUGCAAGCCUUGCCCUGUGAAGAAAGCAUAGCUUGAAUGAAAGCAACAUCCAAGAUAAUAUUUUUGAUCUUGAGAAUCCAAAAAUAUCAAUCUGUGGGAAAUCCUCAGAUUGUAGAUCACACCUGAUUAUACACGAGAGGAACCACACUGAAGAAGAGUCUACCCACUGUCCUCAAUGUGGCACAAGAUUUAGGAAACAUGCUACCCUAGUAACACAAAAGAGGCCUGAAAUGGGGGAGAAGUCAUUUGGGUGUUCUGACUGUGGGAAAACAUUCAGUAGGAAUUCUCACCUCGUGACACACCAGAGGACACACACAGGAGAGAAACCCUUUGAGUGUCCAGAUUGUGGGAAAGGCUUCAGUCAGAAUUCCCACCUGGUGACACACCAGAGGACUCACACUAGGGAGAAAGCAUACGAAUGUCCAGAUUGUGGUAAAGAUUUCAGUCACAAUUCCAACCUGGUGAUUCACCAGAGGACUCAUACAGGAGAGAAGCCCUAUGAGUGUCCAUAUUGUGGGAAAGCUUUCAGUCAUAAUUCCAACCUUUUGAAGCACCAGAGGACUCAUACAGGAGAGAAACCAUAUGAGUGUCCAGAUUGUGGGAAAGGUUUCAGUCAGAAUUCCCACCUUCUUAAACACCUGAGGACUCACACCCGGGAAAAAAGUUACAAGUGUCCAGAUUGUGGGAAAUGUUUCUUCUGUAAUUCCAACCUGAUGAUGCACCAGAGGACUCACGCGGGGGAGAAGCCAUAUGAGUGUCCAGAUUGUGAGAAAAGUUUCAGUCAGAAUUCCAGCCUUGUUAAACACCUGAGGAUUCACACUCGGGAGAAACGGUACAAGUGUCCAGAUUGUGGGAAAGGUUUCAGUCAUAAUUGCGACUUUGUGAAACACCUGAAAACUCACAGAGGAGAGAAACCCUUUGAAUGUCCUGAUUGUGGGAAAAGUUUCAGUCACAAUUCUAAGCUUGUGAAACACCAGAGGACUCACACAGGGGAGAAACCGUAUAAGUGUUUGGAUUGUGGAAAAUGCUUCAGUUGGUAUUCUGGCUUAGUGAUACACCAGAGGACUCAUACAGGAGAAAAACCCUUUGAAUGUCCUGAUUGUGGGAAAGGUUUCAGUACUAGAACUAACCUUAUAAAUCAUGUAGCUUUACACACAGGGGAGAAACCUUUCAAGUGCCCAGAAUGUGGAAGGUGCUUUACAUAUUAUUCCUCUCUUACUGCACACAAGAAAAUCCAUACGAAGCAUAAGCUGAUGACUGUAGGGGAGGCUUGAAUUUCAUUUCUGAGUUGCCUUUAGAAGUAUGGCUGAGAAAUUAAGUAUUUACUUUCUGGCCUGAUUGUGUUUAGCCAAAGAUGUCUCAUGUUAGGCAUGAGGGAGGAGAGAAAAGAAAUGAAAUGGAAAAGGUUAGCUUGAUCAAGGUUAACUACUUGUGUCUUGGCUAUCAGCAAAAUGUAGUGGAUAUUCCCUGUUGCAAAAAUAAUGCAACUGUGCCAAAAGUUUUUGGGGAUGAUUUUUGCAUAUAGAAUAAAUGAGGUCGUAGAAAAGCAAAAUACAGAUUUUAAGAAACCUACAGAUGCUAAGAUAUAUAUAUUAGAAGAUAGGAGCACGUUGAUUUACUUAGUGAUUAUAGCUUCCCAAAUAUGAGAUAAUGGGAGCAGAGUUUUCAUCUUUUCCUAACAUUUUCAGAAAUUCAGGGUAAGAUGAAU